AGUAACAAUAGUAGUUGUAGUAGUAGUAGUAGUAAUAGCAAUAGUAAUAACAGCAGCAUCGAGGCGGAGUUCCCUCCUCCGCCGCCGCCUCGUGCAGAGAUGAGCCUUUCCCCGAAGGAGCUGUCGAGCCUGCUGAGCAUCGUGUCGGAGGAGGCCGGCGGCGGCACCUUCGAAGGCCUCUCCACCGCCUUCCACCACUACUUCGGCAAGGCCGAGCACUUCCGCGUGGGCUCCGUGCUGGUGCUGCUCCUGCAGCAGCCCGACUUGCUGCCUACGCCGCCGCAGCGCCUCACCGCCCUCUACCUGCUGUGGGAGAUGUACCGUACCGAGCCGCUCGCCGCCAACCCUUUCGCCGCCAUCUUCGCGCACCUCCUCAACCCCGCGCCGCCCGAGAGAACCACUGCCGGCAGCGCCGCUGCCGCCGCCAGCGCCGCCACAGGCCCGGCCGGUGGUGGUGGCGGCGGCGACGACGGCGAGAGGCCUCCGCUUUCAGGUUUUCUGCCUCCUAUAACCCCACCAGAGAAAUUCUUUCUUUCCCAGCUGAUGUUGGCCCCACCUAGAGAGCUCUUCAAAAAGACCCCAAGACAGAUUGCAUCUAUGGAUGUAGGAAAUAUGGGCCAAUCUGUGGAUAUCAGUGGCCUUCAGCUGGCUUUGGCAGAACGUCAGUCUGAACUGCCGACACAGAGUAAAGCAAGUUUCCCCAGCAUUCUCAGUGACCCUGACCCAGAUUCUUCAAAUUCUGGUUUUGACAGCUCCGUUGCCUCCCAGAUCACUGAAGCUCUAGUGAGUGGACCAAAACCACCUAUUGAAAGCCAUUUUCGUCCAGAAUUUAUACGACCCCCGCCUCCACUUCACAUUUGUGAGGAUGAGCUCGCUUGGUUGAACCCGAUAGAGCCAGAUCAUGCCAUUCAGUGGGACAAGUCAAUGUGUGUGAAAAACAGUGCCGGGGUGGAAAUCAAACGAAUCAUGGCCAAGGCUUUCAAAAGUCCUUUGUCAUCAGCACAGCAAACACAGCUCCUUGGAGAAUUGGAGAAAGACCCCAAGCUUGUUUACCACAUUGGCCUCACUCCUGCCAAAUUGCCUGAUUUAGUGGAAAAUAAUCCUUUGGUUGCUAUAGAAAUGCUGCUUAAACUUAUGCAGUCAAGCCAGAUAACUGAGUAUUUUUCAGUCUUGGUCAACAUGGACAUGUCUCUGCAUUCAAUGGAAGUUGUCAAUCGUCUUACUACAGCAGUUGAUCUUCCUCCAGAAUUUAUUCACCUUUAUAUCUCCAACUGUAUUUCUACUUGUGAGCAAAUUAAGGACAAGUAUAUGCAGAACCGGCUAGUACGACUUGUGUGCGUCUUUCUACAAUCCUUGAUUCGGAACAAAAUAAUUAAUGUACAGGACUUAUUUAUAGAAGUGCAAGCCUUUUGUAUUGAAUUCAGCCGGAUAAGAGAAGCAGCUGGCCUUUUUCGAUUGCUGAAGACACUUGACACUGGUGAAAAUCCUUCAGAGACGAAGACUUCAAAAUAAUACUUCAUUUGGAAGAAUGCUUUAUAUUGGAUUAGGAUUCUGUAUGAUUUUUGUAUAGUUCACUAUUUGCUUGCAAUUAAGAUGCUAUUUGUGCUGUAUUAAAUAUUGCCUUUUCUGCUGGAGAAGUUUGAA